AUGCGUUUAGUUAUUCUAUUAAUCUUAGUUAAUUUACAGAUAUGUACAUCAUCUGUAUUAUUUCGUAUUAAAAGUAAUAAUAGAAAUGUAUUCAUAAAUUCUAGUUAUCUGUUUGGUACAUUACAUGUUGCACAAAAUCUUAUCUGGCCUUAUCUUUCAAAUGAAACAAUUCGAAUAUUAAUUGAAAGUGAUCAAAUUUGGUUAGAACAUGAUUUUACUGUUGAUGAAAUGAAUGAACAUAUUUAUGGAUGUGCAGUUGAUAAGAUGCCAUUAGAAAUACGAGCUCGCAUACGAAAACAAACCUGGUCUGAAUUUCUUAAUGAAACCAAUAUGAAAUCUAAUAAUCUUAAACAAUGGCGACAAUGGUUUAUUAAAAAACAAUCUAUAUUGAAUAAAUAUUUGUGGCGUAAUCAAACAAUAACUGAUAAUAUUCUUCUUGAUCAUCGUAUCAUUCUUGAAGGUUAUCAAAGAGGAAAAUAUGUUGGUUCACUUGAAUCUAUUCCCAAGAAUUGUUUUCAAACGGAAAAUUCAACAAAUGGUAAAAGAUUAUCUAAAAAGCUGAAAUUGAAAUAUCAAACGACUCUGUCUCAUGUAUAUAAUUGCGACAAAAUCAAUGAAGAUUUUCUCGAAAAGAUUUGUAGAUGUGUUGAUACUUUAAAAAUGAGAGAACGAAAUGAACAAAUGGCAAAACAAAUUCAUAAAUUACUUAAAGAAGAUCCUCAUAAAAAAUAUUUGUUUGCUGUGGGUGCAGCUCAUCUAUUCGGAAGUAUUAGUAUUGUUCAAAUGUUACAAGAACAGUAUAAUAAUGAUUACUUGAUUGAACAAAUAAAUACAACUAAUCCAAAUUUUUCAUAUCAAUAUUGUACCGAUGAUGAAAUCCACGGAUCAUUAAAUACACUCAAUCAUGUUCAAAACAAUACUAUCGAUAAAAGAUUUAUUAAUGAUGAAUUUCGUGAUCAAAUAUUAGGACUUUUCGAAUAUGAAUUACCUAAUCGAACAAUCACAAUAUGUCCAAGUUAUUCAUUAAUUUCUCUUGAAUGUCCACAAAUCGGUUCAUCAUUAGAUCAUCAUUCAUGGAAAACAACUCUUCCUAAUUAUCUUAUAUCAAUUGAUUAUAUUCGUUCAUUUCCUUUACGUCUUGGUUAUGAUACAAGAUCAUGUCAACCUGAUUUAGCUCAUGCUUGUAAUAAUUAUGAUUUACGUUAUAUAAAUACAUUAUGUAAUGGAAAACCUCAAUGUACGGAUAUAUCUGCUUAUCAAAUACGUGAACGUAGUUUAUGUGCUUUUAAAGCAGUUACAGAAAUUGGUUUUCAUUGUGUACCAACAUGGAAUUUACAUGAAAUAGAAACAAAAUGUGACAUAUGUAAAAAUACUUCAUUAACAACAAAUUAUGGUUUUAUUUAUUCAAGAAAUUAUCCAUUGAAAACAGUACGUAUGUCAUGUUUUACAACAAUAUAUGCAAGACCAAAUCAAAAGAUUAUACUUUAUUUUGUUAAUGGUGAAUUAAAUCAUGAUCAAUUAAGAAUUGAAAGUGUUACAUCAGAUGGUUUAUCAAUUUUAAAUAUAAGUUUAAAUGGAAAUUUAACAACACAAAGAUUAGCAGCAUCAAUAUAUGAAAUGAAAAUAACAUUUAUACCAAGUCAUAUUUAUUCAUAUCAUCCAACUUAUUAUUUACUUUAUUUUUAUACUAUACCUAUUUGUUCAAUAACUGAUCCAUGUUUACCGUUGCCAUCAAUAUUACCAACUACACCUCCUAUUCUUUUACCAAUAUCAACAAAUCGUAUGAGAAUUCAAUCAGUUGGAUGGACAAGAGUACCGAAUAUUUGGAUUAUUAUUCCAAUUAUACUUGCUUAUGUACUACUUUUACUUCUCAUAGUUGUUUUAGCACUUUUAUUACAACGACGUCGUAAACAACAAAAACUAUCAGGAACAAUUGGACAACCUAAUAUAUCUCCACGAUAUUUAGAUACAAGUGGUGCUUCAAGUCGUGUUCAACUUGUAACGCCACUACCUCCACCAAAUAGUAACAAUAUUAUUCAUGAUAGUUAUUUAUCUCGUCGUCGUCCCAGUUUAUCACCAAGUACUCAUCAUUCACAACCACCUUCUUCAUUUGCUCAAAAUACGGAACGAUAUCAUCGUGGAAGUCGAAGUGAUCAUGAUCUUCAUAAUGAUAACAUAGAUAGAAUAGAUUAUCGUCAUCAUGCAUCUAUUCCUUAUCGUAUUCGUCCUACAACAAUAAAUGAUAAUUAUCGAGGUUAUGGUACAAUGGAUCAUACACCAUAUAAAUCAGAACGUAAUUAUCAUCGUCGUUCAAUACCAAAAUCAUUUUCUGAUUGUGAUUUAUGUAAACGACGUGUUAUUAAUGAAGAAUAUCAACAAUAUUUAAAUGAAUAUGAUGAUAAUUGGCGUUUAAAAAAUACUAUCGAAAGAAAAGUAGAACCAAGACCAUAUCGAGAUAAAAUUAAAGAACGUGUUCGUGAACGUCUAACAGUACGACAAAUUUCUGAUGGUGAUGUUUUACCAUCAACAACAACUGUUGAAUAUUCUACUGUUUUACCACGUCAUCAAAGAAUUACAAGUGAAUCAAAUCGUUCAAAUGGACCUGUUCAUCAUUUACCUUUUGAAUACAUUCCUAAUGAUACUUCGAAUAAUAUUCGUACACCUGAAUUUAAACGAAAUACAAGUCAAGAACGUUUAGCAACAGAAAAUAAUCAUCCACGUAUGUUUAAUAAUGAAAGUGGUACAACUAUUUUUACUACAAAAUUUUAUGAAAAUGAUGAUAAUGAUACAAUACAUCGAAUUAAUAAACGUUUACGUGAACCAAGAGAAAUUCAAGAAAUGUCAUUGAGAAUGAAUGAACAACAAAAUAUGAAUAAAAAUCAAUAUUAUCAUCAACCAAGAUGUUUUAAUGAAAAUACUAGCGAUAUUUAA